CAAAACGUUACUAGAGGCAUAAAACCUCCGAGUCCAAAGUCUCUAGCUUUUGAAAUUUGGGAUUUUUAUUUGAAGAAAUCACAAAAAUGUGGAGAAGCUCGGCUUCGUUCAUCCUCGAUAAGCAUCUGAACAACAAACCCAUUUCUAUAACUCAUUCAAUCGACUCUCCUCCUCCACCAUCUGCUUCAAUGGCGGAUGAAAACCCUAACCCUAAUCCUAUUUCGGCUUAUUACGAAACCAGGGCGGCGCAUCAUGGGAUCGUGACUAGCGAGUGGUUGGAACAGGCGCAAGCGGCGGUUCAACGUUACCCUGAUCGUGAGAACUCUGUUUCUCCAGUUUCUGGAAGCCCCUUUAGCGUGAUUGAGGAGUUUAAUAGUUGGAGACAACAGCCUGAUUUGGCGGAGGCUGUUGCGGCGAUUCGUGCUCUUGCGGCUGUUAUUAGGGCUAGUGAAGCGACUACUAUGAUGGAGCUUGAAAUUGAACUCAAGAAAGCUUCUGAUACUUUGAAAGCAUGGGACACAACGUCUAUAUCCCUAACAGCAGGAUGUGAUCUAUUCAUGCGCUAUGUGACUCGAACAUCUGCUUUGGAAUUUGAAGACUUCAACUCUGCAAAAUCUCGCGUGCUUGGACGUGCUGAGAAAUUUGGGGAAAUAUCUUGCAAGGCUCGAAGGGUAAUUGCAAUUCUUAGUCAAGAUUUCAUAUUUGAUGGGUGUACUAUACUGGUCCAUGGAUUCUCCAGAGUUGUAUUUGAAAUACUAAAGACAUCAGCGCAAAACAAGAAACUCUUUAGAGUUUUGUGCACAGAGGGAAGGCCAGAUAAAACAGGUGUCCUGUUAGCUAAAGAGCUUGCAAAGCUUGAUAUUCCAGUGAAGCUACUGAUAGAUUCAGCUGUGGCCUAUAGCAUGGAUGAAGUAGACAUGGUGUUUGUUGGAGCUGACGGAGUAGUUGAAAGUGGCGGGAUAAUUAACAUGAUGGGAACAUACCAAAUCGCCCUCGUUGCACACAGUAUGAACAAACCAGUCUAUGUAGCGGCAGAGAGUUACAAGUUUGCACGGCUCUACCCGUUAGAUCAAAAGGACUUAGAACCGGCCUUGCGACCUAAUGAUUUCAAUGUUCCUGUUCCUCCUAAGGUUGAGGUAGAAAGAUCUGCAAGGGACUACACUCCUCCUCAGUACUUGACUCUGCUCUUCACUGAUCUUGGUGUUCUCACUCCAUCUGUAGUAAGUGAUGAGCUAAUUCAGCUUUACUUGUAAGUAAGUAAGGCUGUCUUCUUCUUCUUGCUAACGCUGGUCAGGAAACUCUCAUUUUUUUCUUUGUAUAAAAAACAGUAACACCAAUUUUUGGCUAUACAGACACAUAGUUUGUCUCUGAUUCUACUGCUUAUGCACAAGUUUUAGGUAGGAGAGAUAUCUAUGUUACUUGUAAUCUUUACUCAAAAUUUACCUCCCAAGUUUCAAGUUUUCUGGUAUUUGUUUUUAAUUUAUUAUAAAUAUAU